AUGUUUAAAAAAAAUGUAAGUGGUGAUUGUAAAAAUAGAGAGAAUGGCUCAAUGGCUGAUAAAUAUCAAACUCCAAGAUAUUAUUUCCCAAAAAGAUUUAAUUUAAUAGUUUUGGGAUUUUUAGCCUUAACCGUUUGUUAUACUACUAGAACUUUGUUAAGUACUUGUGUAAUCUUUAUGAAUAAGGAAUUUCAUUAUGGUAGUACAUUUAAAGGUGUUUUAUUAGCUGCAUUUUCAAUGGGUUAUUCUACUACUCAAUUAACUGCUCAGUUUUUAUGUGAUAAAUUUGGAAGUAAAAGAGUUAUUUUAUUUGGUUUAACAAUGUCAAUAUGUACUUUGUUUAUAGUUCCAAUUGCUGCACCAUAUAAAGUAGCAAUAGUUUUAGUAAGAAUUUUUUGUGGAAUUUUCCAAGGUAUUGUAAUGCCAUCAUUAAAUUUAUUGAUUGCAAAUUAUUUCCCAAUUACUCAACGUUCAACAUGUGCAGGAAUGAUUUGGGCUGGUAUAUAUGCCGGAAAUGUUGGAAUUUCUUUUAUAUCACCAGUUUUAUUAGAUUAUUUAAAUUGGAGAGAUUGUUUUUAUAUUGUUGGUAGUGUAUGUAUCGUAAUGUGGGUAAUUCCAUGGAUAAUUUUCAUUCGUGAUAAUCCAAAAGAUUUAUUCGGAAUUCAUGAAAAUGAAAUUCAUUUUAUUAAUCAGACUGCACCUGUUGAAGUAAAAUUAAAAACUUUGACACAAUCUCAAGUUGUUAAUAUUAAAUCAAUAAUGGAAACUGGUAAUUCAUCAAGAGAAAAUAAAGAAAAGAUAAUAAACAAAACUGAAAAUAGUGGAAAUGAUUUCAAAAUGUUACAUAGUAGUAGUAGUAGUACAUCAACUGUUGAGUCAACAACUGAAAGCUUAAAUAGUAUGGUCAGUGAUGAGGGCGAACAAAUUUCAUCAACAAUUGUUGAAGAAGAAAAACAAAUGAAAGAUGAUGAAAGGUUACCAUAUUUUGUAGCAUUUAAAAAAUUAAUAACUUCAAGAGGAAUGUUAACAAUUGUUUAUUUAAAUAUAUCAUGUAAUUGGGCAUACUUUUUAUUAUUGGGUUGGUUGCCAACAUGGUUAUCAAAAGAGUUGGGUGUAAAUGUUGGUUAUAAAUUUGCAUUCUUUAAUGCACUUCCAUUUAUUUUAUGUUUGGCAAUUUCAGUUGGAUUUGGUCGUUUAUCUGAUAAAUUAUUAUCAAUGGGUGUUAGAAAAAUCAUUUUAAGAAAAACAUUUGGUGGUUUAUGUUAUGGUAUACCAGGUGUAUUUCUAUUGAUGGUAUCUUUAAUAAUACCAAAUCAUUCAACUGUUAUAAAAAUUGCAUUUGUAACAAUUUCAAUUGCUGCAAAUGGUUUUUCAAAUACAAGUUAUCAAUUGGUAACAUUGGAUUUAAGUUCAAAAUAUUCUGGUGUUAGUAUGGGUAUUGCCAAUAUCUGCUCAGCAAUACCGGCAUUCAUAGGACCACUUGUUGGUGGAUUUCUUUUAGAAUCUUUCCAAGGUGAUUGGAAUAAAAUAUUUUUAAUAUCUUCAUCUUUUUAUUUAUUUGGAACUAUAGUUUGGUUAAUUUUUUUAAAAGUUGAUAAUGUAAUUUAA